UUUCUGGGUUCUCCACUAAGCGACGGACGGACAAUUAACCUCCACCAAGUCGAAGAAAUACAGUUCAGCCCACUGAGGAUCGAGGCUUGACCCUGGAGAGGAGCAUGAAGCCACAAGCAGUGACCUUUGGCAGCCAACAGAUCCCAUCCCAAGAAUCCUUGACAUUCAAGGAUGUAGCUGUGAACUUCACUCAAGAGGAAUGGUGCCUCCUGGACCCUUCUCAGAAGGCUCUCUACAGGGAUGUCAUGGUGGAGACAUCCCAGCACUUGCUCUCUCUGGGACUUCUAGUUCCCAGAGUAGAUCUGAUUUCCCAUUUGGACCGAGGGGAAGCAUCAUGGAUGUUCAAACAAGAAGACCAAAAGAAAUCCUGUCUAGAUGGGGAAACCACACUUCAGUCCAAGGAGUCUUCUCCAAAACUGAGCACUUCCUAUGACUUCAAUUUGAAAGAAUACUGGCAUUGUGAUAUCAAGUUAGAGAAGAGACAACACAAUUCGGGGAGUCAUUCUAGACAUUUAAAAAUGAUCUUCAGGAAAACUCCAGGUGAAGAGAGAGAUGUGGAAUAUAAUAAACUUAAGAGGAAUCUUACUCAAGGGUCAACUCUUUCUGUCCAGCCAAGAGUCCCCAUAGAGAAGAUUCACUAUGAGUAUGAUGAAAGUCAAAGGAACUUCAGACAAUAUUCAGACCUAGUUCAAUGUAAGAAAUUCACCUCAGGGAAUGGGCAAUCCAAAUAUAGUGAAUAUGGGGACUGUUUUAAAGAAAAGAUUCAGUAUCAGAAGAAGAAUGUGGGGGUGAAAGAUUUUCAGAGUAAUCAUCAUGAAGUAGCUUUCAGUUUGAUCCCAAACUCUAUUAGUCAUCUGAAAAGUCCUCCUGGAGAAAGCCUUCUAGAUGAAACAGGCUUCAUGCAUCUCUUGCCUCUUAAUUUAUGUCAGAAAGCUCAUAUUAGAGAGAAAUUACAUGACUGUAAUCAGUGUGUGAAUUCCUAUUUUCAAAGGGGAGAUCCUAUAAAAACUCAGAAAAUUCACAGACCAGAAAAACCUUGUAAAUGCAAUAAAUUUGAGAAGGCCUUUCCCCAAGCCAUUAUUUCAUCUCAGAGCAUUCAUUCUGGAGAGAAACCUUACAAAUGCAAUCAUUGUAUAAAGGUUUUCAGAAAGCCUUCCCAACUUGCAGUGCAUCAGAGGAUUCACACUGGAGAGAAGCCCUACAAAUGUAAUGAAUGUGGGAAAGACUUCAGAUGGAGGGCAAACUUGAUCAUACAUGAGAGGAUUCACGCCGGAAAGAAACCUUACAUAUGUAAUCAAUGUGGAAAUGUUUUCCAAAAACCCUGCAACCUUGCUGAACAUCUGAAAAUUCAUACUGGAGAGAAGCCAUAUAAAUGUAACGAAUGUGGGAAAGCUUUCAUUCAAAGAGCAAAGCUUAUUGUACAUGAGAGGAUUCACACUAGAGAGAAACCUUACAAAUGUAAUCAUUGUGGAAAGGCCUUCAGACAGUCCUCCCAUCUUGCCGUGCAUCAGAUGAUUCAUACUGGAGAAAAGCCUUAUACAUGUAAUGAAUGUGGAAAGGCCUUCAGACAGAGUUCAUCCCUUAUGGCCCAUCACAGGAUUCAUUCUGGAGAGAAGCCCUAUACGUGUAAUGAAUGUGGAAAGAGCUUUAGACAAAGAUCAUCACUUAUGGCACAUCAUAGGAUUCAUUCUGGAGAGAAACCCUUUAAAUGUAAUGAAUGUGAGAAGGCUUUCAGUCAGAAGUCAUCCCUGAUGGCACAUUACAGGAUUCAUUCUGGAGAGAAUCCCUAUUCAUGUAAUGAAUGUGGGAAAUCCUUCAGCUGGAGUGCAAAUCUUGUUGCCCAUCAAAGGAUUCAUACUGGAGAGAAGCCCUAUAAAUGUCACGAAUGUGGGAAGACCUUUACUCGGAAGUCUUUUCUUACAGUACAUGAGAGAAUUCAUACUGGACUGAAAUCUUGUAAAUCGUUGUAAAGUAAAAAUACUUUUAAUUGUAGAGAAGACCUUAAAAGAUAUCAGAAAAUUCACCAUGUUCAUGAAUUUAUAAGAUAUAAAGAAUUAAAUAAAAAUUCUCAUGUUCAUUUUUUGCUACACAAUAAUAUUCUAGUAUAUUCAUGGACCAUAGCUCGUCAAUCAUUCCCCAAAUGAUUGACAACCUUUUUAUCGGAAGUUCUAGAUACAACAAAAAUUGCUGCUGUUGAUAUUUUGAACCUUUUAAACUUAGACUGUGAACUAAAAACUAUGAAUAUUUUAAUUAUUUUUCUGACAACUCUUCUGGGUUUCUUAAAAUAAAAUGUGUUGGGUUUUGUGUGGGUAUAUUACUAUGUCCUUGACAAAAUACCAUCAAGUGAGCAUUUUAAUUUCUUUAUUAAAAAAAAAGGAUUAUAAAUAGAAAUACAAAUCCAUUAUAUACAACUUUUUGUGGUUUUUAGAGAAAUAUAUUAUUUUAUCUUUGGUAAUGUCCUCUAUUCCUUGUUUAAUUAAGAAUACAUCUCUUCUCUAUAACUGUGAAAGCCAUGAUCUCCCUUUUUAAUUUUUUAAUGCUAUGAUGUAAAUAUUAAGAGUACGUAUCCAUUGAGAAUCUAUUGUUGAAUAUGGUAUACUAAUUUGGUUUCAGCCUUUUUUUCUAGUUUUCUAGAAGUUUUUAAUCAAAUAGAUAGUAAUUUGUGUUUUCAGGUUUAUUGAACACUGGUUCUGUUUACUUCUGAUUCUUCCAGAUCUAGGCUCUUCCUGGUUUUUUUCCACCAAAUAAUUUUUAAGAUUGAUGAUUUAUGGUAUAAUUUGAGGUCUAGACAUGUUAUUUUCCCCUUCAUCUCUAUUUUUUCACUAUUUUCCUUUAUAUUUUAGAUCCUUUGUUUUUGCAAAUGAAUUUUGCUAUUUUGUGAAGUCCUUUAAAGUAUCUCUUUGAUAGUUUAAUUGAUAUGAUUAAAUCCAUAAAUUAACUUUUGUUAAUAUUAUCAUUUUUAUCAUAGUAGCAUGGCCCAGCCAUUAGCACUGAAUAUUUCUCUGUCUAUUGAAUUUAUUUUUUAUUGCUGUUCAUUAAUGGAAGGUUGGCAGGUAAGAUAAUUUGCAUAAUAUUUUCAGAUUUUUUUUAAUCUAUCAGUUUUCCUGAUUU